AUGCUUCCAUACUUCUUCCUAGCUGCUGCGCAGCUCUUCACUGCAGCUUCUGCGGCACUCACCUACCGAGGCGCGGAUAUUUCUUCCUUGAUCGUUGAGGAGAAUAAAGGCAUCUCCUAUAAGAACACUGCUGGCUCGACGGCAAAACUAGAGUCGAUCAUCGCUGCUGCCGGUAUCAACUCCGUUCGUCAGCGUAUCUGGGUGAAUCCCAGCGACGGCAACUAUGAUCUGGACUAUAACAUUAAGCUCGCCAAGCGGGUGCAGGCUGCAGGCAUGACCACUUACCUGGACCUGCAUCUCAGUGACACAUGGGCGGAUCCAAGUGCUCAGGCCGCCCCAUCUGGAUGGUCCACCACCGACAUCAACACCCUCACCUGGCAAGUCUACAACUACACAUUGGAAGUGUGCAACGAGUUCGCCGCCAACGGCCUGACAGUCGAACUGGUCUCUAUCGGCAACGAGAUCCGCAACGGACUCCUCUGGCCCCUCGGAAAAACAAGCAGCUACUCGAACAUCGCGAGUAUCUUACACUCUGGAGCCUGGGGCGUCAAAGACUCGGAUCUCGCCACGACACCCAAGAUCAUGAUCCACCUCGACAACGGCUGGAGCAGCAGCGACCAAACGUAUUUCUACGACCAGGUGCUCGCGUCCGGCUCGGCGCUUGUCUCAACAGACUUCGACUUCAUUGGUGUUUCUUAUUAUCCCUUCUACAGUGCGAGUGCGACCUUGGCGGCGCUUAAGUCCAGUCUUACGACUCUGAACUCGAAGUACGGGAAGAAGACACUUGUCGUUGAAACGAACUGGCCUUUCUCAUGCCCUAGCCCGGCUUAUGCUUUCCCGUCGGAUUUGUCGGAUAUUCCCUUCUCCACUGCUGGACAGCAGACUUUCUUGCAGCGACUGUCGACUGCUGUUGCGGGCGCUGGUGGAGUCGGAAUUUACUAUUGGGAACCUGCUUGGGUUGAUAAUGCGGGACUUGGAAGUAGCUGUGAUGACAAUUUGCUGUUUGCUUGGUCGAAUGAUCAGGCGAGGAGUAGCUUGAAUGCAUUGGGGAGUGUUUAG